UCCACUUUCUUGGUGAGGGGAGCUUUCAGACCCCGGCCCCAGAGCAGACGAGUUCAGGGUUCGGGCAGUUCCAGAGCUGGGUUAGCUGCGACCCCCAGCCUCUUGAUUGAUUGAUGGUUCGGAUGGAACAAUCCAUUUCAGAUCUCCAAACAACAACACACACCUGAACCUCCAUCUUCCAUCCUAUCCUUUCCACAGUCUUUCGUUCCUUACUCUUGAUCUUUGAAACCCAGUUGUCGCGAUACUCGCUGGGUGUUGACGAAACUAAUACCAAGGCGCAAAUCUGAUUUUUUGAAAUCAAGUACCCCUUAUCGCGUGAAAUAAACACAACAAAAAACAACCCACUUCAAUGAAUGGAACGUGAAGGAAGUUUGGACGACAGGUUGUUUCUUGAGCUUUCGCCAAAAUGAUGCGAGAGCCAACGGCCCGUCGCCGGAGCCCAGAGAGCUCCCGGCGGCGACGCGCCGAGCGUCGGCAUUCCAGAGAACAGCUCGCUGCUGCCGCCGCUGUCGCCGCCGGCGUCGUCGCUGCCCAGCCCGCCCCCCUACUACCACAACAACUACCACCCGGACCCGAAGUAGGCGACCGCGCAAUAAUCCCGCCCGUGUCAUCAUCCCAAACCCACACUCCUACGCAGCACAUGACGGCGCUAUCUUCGUCCCAGACACAAACUCCCACGCAGCGCCAAUAUCACCGAUCUAGGGCCAAUUCCACCACAUCCGCCUCCUCAUCGACCUCUUCGUCGCUGGUGAAUGUCUCCCGUCGAAGCCGAUUUGGCAUUCGUAACUUCUUUGCCCUGUCAUCCGUGAAGAAGGUCAAAAAGCGGCGCUCUUUCAAGAGGAAGAACUAUUCGACGUCUUCAGUUGACAGCGAUCUUGCCUACGGCAACGGAUAUGUGUCGCGGUCGUCCAUCGAAAGUACCCAUCGCCCAUCGCCUUCACAGCACCAACAUAUCCCGCAAUAUCCACAGCACCACCAGCCAUAUACCCCGGGGGCUUUCUCCCAUGUAAGCGGCGCAUAUCCAGCACCACCAGGACCCUACUCCCCUCAUCACUAUAGCCAACAUGGACACCACUCUGGCCAAGGUUACCCUCCUCCUCUCCCGCAUCAAUAUGGCCAGCCCCAUCCGCAACAAGGUCCCAAUGUUGGUCCGGACGGUCCUCCGGUCCUCAAGCGUGUCCAAACCGACGAGGAGAUCAUCGCCAUUGGCAGGAAACUGUCCGACCUCGCCCGUGCUGAGAACCUCCGCGACCUCGAACGCCAGGGUAAAUCUCGUCCUUCCCGUAUGGUGGCCACCGCGACAGCUGUCUCUGCUUUCCACCGUAAAAACUCUGGCGGGACUCGCGGCAUCAGCUCCUCUCGGCCAAAUAAAUCGCAGUCUUCCUCUAGUGAUGAAGAAUGGGAAUCCGCCUCCGACUCCGACUCUGACUCUGAUUCUCCCAGCUCUGAUUCAGACUCUGGUCUCGCUUACGGCUCCAUGCCUCGUUUUUCGGACCCCAUCCUUCCUCCGCUGACAGCUCUAGCCGGGACAGCAGGCGUCAUGGGCGCAGCGAUUGGAGCCGGUAGCCUAGCUCCCACCAUCAUUUCUGAACGCCCAUCCGAAGCCAUCCGUCCGCCAGACCGCAAGCCAAGCGCCGUCGAUCCAGCAAUGUUUGGUCCCGUGAACUCUCUCCGGGGAUAUGUGAAUACUCCUUGCGGUUUUAGGCCUGGGGAGUAUGUCUCUCCGGUGCAGUCUCAGUAUCAGUCUCCCGCACUGGCGCACAGAGUGACGGCUGAGAACCCGAUUCCAUUGCCGGGAAGCGCAAGCAAUGAAGCCCUGGUGCAAAGGCAGAGACAGCAGCAGCAUGGUUUUGAUCAGCCUAUCACUGCGACCAAUCUUGGUACCCCAGUGCAAAUUCAAGCCCCGCGACCAAGAAUUCCCGUCUCGCCUCAGGUGUUGGAAGAGCGAGGUCAUCAUAGGGAGCAUGAGAUUAGCACGGGCAGUCCGAAGAAGCGCAGAGAGAGGGAGCGAGAGAGAGAUAAAGAGAGUAGUAUCUCAGCAGCUCUUCCGGCUGUCGUGGGUGCUAUUGGGGCUGCGGUUGUUGCUGGUGCGGUGUUGAAUAAUAAUAAGGACGAUGGGAGGAGGUCCGACGAGAAACGUGAUGAGAGGCCACUACGUGAUGAUGAUUAUGAUCGGGAGAGACGCCGCCGUUAUGAUGAUGAUGCCAGGCGGAGCACCAUUGAUAUUAAUGAUAAGAGGGAUGAGAGAUAUAAUAGACGCGACUACGACCGUCCACCCACGUCGGAUGCCACUAGAUCGGAUGAGCGGUAUCGUGAGCGUGAGCGUGAGCGUGACCGCCAUUACGAUACGCCGACUGGUCGCGACCGGGAUGAUGAUCGCUAUUCUCGACGUGAGCCCGAGAGUAAAGGUGGUGUUUCCGAGGUCAUCACUCCCGCUGUUAUCGGUGCCGUGGCUGGUGCCGUGCUCGCAGCCGGUGCUCGUAGGGAUAGCAAGACUUCGCCUGUUCACCGAACCUCGCCCAGCCUGGAGCGUGACGAUGGAUACAAGGAGCGUAUGCGGCUCGAGCAGGAAGUCAAGCGGCAUCGCGAGGACAGUGAACGUCACGCCCGUGAGGAACAGCGCUUGCGCGAUGAAUACGAGGUCCGCAUGAAGGAGAUCCGCGAGAAGGCCGAGGAGGAGGAGCGCCGGGCUAGGGAGGAGAAGAAGAAGCAAGACUGGAUCGAGCAGCAGGAGAGGAUCGUCCGGGAGCAACGCAAGAUUAUCUACCAGCAGGAGCGUGUGGCUAAUGACGAGCGUGAAAAGGCUGAGCGCGACCGGAGAUCCAGAGAUGCCAACCAGAAGAGGGAGCGGGAGGAGAAGCGGGCUUUGGAAGCAAGUGGCGGACGUGAGCCAAGUCGUGAUAAGGAGCGAUCGCGAGAUCGGAGAAAGGACGUGAUUGUUGUCGUUGAGGGACGUCCUGAUGUUGCUGACUCGGUUCCUGCCCCUGCUCCUGCCCCUGCUCCUGCCCCUGCUCGCUCUGAGGUCAGCAAAGGGAAGGAGCGCGAGAUUGCUCCUCCACCUUCGGCACCUGCCCUCGAUGAGAAAAAGCCACCUGGGGCCGACUCUCUGGCUCCUGCUGUCAAGAAGAAGUCCAAGGAGGAAAGGAGGCAAGCAAGGGAAGAGCUCCGCAAGUUGCUUGCUGAAACUCAGAAACAGAUCGAGGCUGAGAAGGAGCGAGCCAGGCGGUUGGCUGAGCUAGAGGCUAUUCAGGGUGCCCCUUCUGCCAUUACCGUCGAGCCACCUGCCGAAUUAUCUCGUGGGGAGCCGUCAGGCAGCAGCAGUAGCAGCCGUGCUCCUGCCGUUGUUGACCCUUUCCAGUUCCAAGUCCCGACCGACGCCUUCCCAACUCCUUCCCAUACCCCUCCCACUGAUCGACCGUUGACUCCUGCCAUUCUCACUGUCGAGCCAGACUGGGAUCGCUUGGAGCCCGAGCCAGAAGGGGAGGUGCGGGAGCGUCUCAGCCGCCGUGAGUCGUAUGAACUUGAGAUUGCCCGAGCUCAGAAGAUCGUUGAGGAAACCAACAAGUCGACUAUCCCCGCCGAUCCUGCCACCAUCGCUGCUGCCAUUGCCGUCGUCGAGUCUUCCGAGAAUGAUAGAGAGCGCUCCCGCUCUCGCGCGCCCUCCAGAGGCCGUGACCGUGAGCCUGUCCGGGAUCCUGUCCAGGAGGAAGCCAAUCGAGUCUAUCGCGAACGCAAGAUCGCUGAGAGAAUCGCAGGAGAGGAGUCCCGUUCUCGCAGCGUUUCGCCUUCGCCUUCCAUCAUGGACAAGUACGAGGAUAACGGCGAAGAUCCCGUGGUCCGUAUCGUCACUCCCCCUGAGAUGAAGCGUGCUCCAAAGAAGUCGGUGUUUGACGGCCCUAACGCUGAUGUGAGGAUUGACAAUGUGAUUAUGCCUCAUGACUUGGUCAAGUACCAGGCUCCUCCCGCGAUUCCAGGUGUCAACCCGGCCAUGAUGAUGCCCAUCUUCAAGUCUAGGGAUCCGUCGUGUGAGAGGGAGAGACCGAUGCUCAUUUUGGUGUUGCCUACUCCUGCAGUAUCGCCUAACCCGGAAAAGAUGAUGCGGUCUGUGAGCUCAUCUUCCCAGGCGGCGACUGUGGUUGAUGCCGAACCGCCCAAGGACAAGGGCGAGCCUGCCACCCCUCCUCGGAGCCCCAAGAAGGAAACAAAAAUCAUCAUGACUCGUCGCGGUGAGGCUGUGGAGGUACCCGAUGAUUAUGACACUGGUCGCGUGAGAGAGUCCCCCGAGAGCAGAGAUGCGUCUCAGGAGAGGAAACCACUGAAGUUCAAGUUCGCGUCUCCGGGCAAGAAGACCAAUGCUUGGUCCUCUACGCUGGCGGCUGCUAUUGCUGGUGCCACUGCUCUUGCUGCGAAGAGGAAAGAGGAAGCCAAGGCCGCGGAGGCUGCCGCGGAGGCUUCUGGUUCCAGGGCGAUCGAGGGCGAGAGUGCUUCGGCAGCUGUUGUUGAAGAGAAGCCAAAGCCGGCCAUUGUUACUGCUGAGCCGCCUUCAGAGCCGAGAGAGGUUGUGCCUGAGCGAGAACAAAGAGAUACCUCGCCUGGUCCCGCCAUCUCUGAGCCCCCGUCUACCCCACCACAACAGAGGAGGUAUGUUCCCAUUGAUCUGGAAGAUGAGACGCCCCCACGGGUCGGCCCGAAGCCGACAUCAUCCAGCCCCAGCUUGAGCCGGAUGCCGGGCUCUUUCGAGGAAGAUCUUGACUUCAACGCCACCGUGGCUGCUGGACUGCAGGCUUCGGGCUUUGAUCCCAACAUUGUGAUCAAGAACGAAGAUUUCCGCCGACGGGACUCCCCUCGCGGCUCAACCCAGCCAUUCUAUGUACCUCCUUCUGCCGAGACUGUUACUGAUCCAGGUGACUCUAGCCGCCCAUCACCUUCUGUUGUCACCGCCGCGCCCACAGAGCUUCCUAUUGUACCGGCACAAGCUGAGCAAGACUUUGAUUCUUCCCCCAGGAGGAAGUCCAACUCUUCAGAGGUGUCACGCAGCAGCUCAGGCAGCAAGAAGAGCAACAGGAGAAGCCAUAUGAGCACCAGGAAAGAUUAUGUCGAUAUACCAGAGCACGAAGAGCCACCAGAUAGGCCAAACGAAGAGGACCUCUCUGGAAAGGCUCCCUCCAACCUAUCCAGAGAAGUUUCUUCAUUCCAGGUGGUCGACCAGCCAAAAGAGGAGUCCUUUCGGGUAGUCGAGCGAGAGUUGAGUUCGACUCCGUCUGAUCCUGUUGGCCAGACGAACGACCAAGCCGACGAUGCCAAGCACAUCACUGGCAACUCUCAGCAAACCGCAGAGAACAAGGACAAGCAGUCUUUUUUAGCUAGAGCCGGCACCAGUGGCGACGGUGCCGGCCUGAUGGAAGUCCAGGCCUUUGCAAGCCCGUACUCCCAUCUCAACGCCGUCCUGCCCUCUUCCAUAAUUGAAGAGGUAUUCAAAGGAUUAGGGGAAGCCAAAGACACCCAAGAGCCCAUCUGGCGCCGUGAGCGAAGCAUCAGCUACAGCUCCCAGAAGGUCGACCCUGAAGUCCAGGUGCAUCGUGAGAUUAAGCCAGCGAUCGAUCCCCAGUUUGGAGACCUGCUUCCUCUGCCUCCUAGUGAGCCAAAUUCCCCUGACGAUCCCAGCUUUUACGAAUUGGACGACUUCUUCCCUUCCUUGCCGGAGAGUCGCCCUAAUACUCCGCCUCAAGAGCAACGGACCCGAAGCGCGACUGUCUCAUCUCGCCGUCAGGGUCAGGGUCAUGUCAGAACUCCCAGUCGAACAGCAGUUCCGUUACCGUUGGUGAUGGGCCGGCGAUCUGUGCCAUCUUCACCUCGGGUUGGAAGAUCAAGCCCUGUUCAAGGUGUGGAACAGCCGUACUCGCCCCCUAAGAGUAGACAGGCUAGACCAACAAGCUGGGAUAUGGGGAAGGAGUACAAGCCGUUGUGGUUGAUUGAGAAGAAAGGCGGAGAGGAGAAGAGGGCGCCGAAUGUGGUGGACUACCCCGCGCUGCCGGAGAGUGAGAGUGAGCCGCCUUCGAGUGCACCCGAAUCUCCUGGCUUUGAUACUGUAGAUCGAGAUGAGGAUGUCGAUGUCGGCUACCUUCAGCGCGGCGGUCUUGGUCUUGCAGGUGCUUCCAUUGGAGCGUUGGGAGCGCUCGGUGCUGGUAGGAUGCUACAGGACCAGCUCAAGAUUGACGUGCCACUUGCGAGAUCAUUCGAGCAGCAAUCAUCUGGAUUCGGAUCUGGAGAGACCACGCCCCGUGCUUUCGCGGCUGACGAGUUUGCCCAAUCUCCUGAGGCUAGGAGGAAUGACAUUGAAAGCUUGGAACAGAUGUCACCUGUUAGAUCUGUGCAUCUCGAGAGCCAGUCCACCACAGAUAAAGAGGAUGACGUUCAAGAUCUCGAGCAGCUCUCGCCAGUCGUUGUGCCCUUCAAAGCGCCUGCUAGACAGCUAGCCUUUGGUGAUGAAUUGGAGCUCUUGCCUGCGCUACCCGAGAGUUUGCCAAAUUCACCUCUCGAAAAGGGCCCGUCACCAUCAUCUGCACCUUUGGUCUUUGGAGAACCUUUGGAGGAGUUGCCUUCUUUGCCAGACUCUCCCAUCCAACAAUUGGCCAAGAAGGAAGCCUCUGCUUUGACCCUCUCAGAAAGCCGUGCUCUCUCGCCGCUUCAGGAUGCCUCUACUCUGGAUGUGCCGGUUGAGACUUUGGAAUUGCCGUCUCUGGAGAGCUCCUACGGGACUUCAAUUCACGACAAGAACUCACCUCACACUCGAGAAGAUGGAACCGAACUCUUGCUUGCCUCUAGCGGACCUGCGAGCCCGGUACCCAGCACUAUGCCACAAACCACAGAGUCGCCAGAGGUUGUUGAGUUGCCCGCUCUCCCUGACAGUGCUCCUGCAUCUCCUGUUCAUAACGUUUUGCCUGGCCACUUUGAGGAGAUGGAGGAGUUGCCACCACUGCCAGAGAGCCGGGCAGAUUCUCCAGUGCAUAUGGAAUUGGCUUCUCCUCCUGUUGCAGUCUUGCCACAUGCUGGAGAGUUUGAAGAUGCAUCUGCGCUGCCAGCUCUUCCGCAGGAGCAGCCUGGUACUCCUGAUCAUGAGAGGUUUCCGGCUCUUCCCCGAAGCCGCGCCCCCAGUCCUGUUCCGUCAGCCAAUUUGCCAGCUCUUCCUGCUAGCACUCCUGGCUCUCCAGUCAUCGACACGCUGCCGGGUCUCCCCGCAAGCAGAUCACCAAGCCCCGUUUCUUCAGGCUUGUCAGUUUCCGAUUUACCGCUUCCUGCGGACAAUCGUGUUGGUUCACGCAGUUUCUCGGAUUUGUCAGUCGUCCCAGAGCGUAUGCUUGUUCCUGAUGUUUUUGCGGACUUGCCUGCUCUCCCUGAUAGCGAACCUGCUACUCCUGUUCAUACAGACCUCCCCGUUCUGUCUGAAACCAAACCUCUCAGCCCGAUUGUUACAGCCCAGCCAACUACCUCGGAAAGCCAGCCUGCCGUUUCGGCCUCGCCAACUCUGCCUGAAAGUCGGUCUGCUACCCCUGUUGUCUCUGAUGUUCUAGCUUCUGUAGAAGACGGACUCGGCAGCCCGGUCUUUGAGGAUGUCUCAGUCUUCCCAGAUAACAAGCCUCUUAGCUCUGUUCUUUCAGCCUUGCCGCCUCUCCCAGACAGCACACCGGAGAGUCCCGUGGUACCGGCUGAAGCUAUUUCUGUUGAGGAAGAAGCUGUCAUUGACGAUGAAGUCGAUCAUCUUGACUGCAAAUCUGCAGUCGUUGAAAGCGAACCUAGCAGCCCUGUCAGCUUGACCCAGCAGGUGGUUGCAUCGAGCAGGUCUCUUGGUCCUGUGUUCCCAGGCUUGUCUGCCCUUCCCAAGAGCCGACCUGCCAGUCCUGUUCUCUCGCCACUGCCAGCUCGUCCUGACAUCAAACCUGUUGCUCCAGUCCUUUCGGCUACGCCCAAUUUUGCGGAAAGCAGACCGGCAAGCCUUGCUCCAUCGUUUACGCCGCGUCCACGCUCUGGUAGUCAUUUCUUCACUACUCUCUUCUCCCUGCCUGUUCUAUCAGGCGUGCAAUCUCUUUCAAAAAGCCGUCCUUCGUCUCCUCUUCAGAAACCAAGCUUGGCUAAUGAGACUCUUGAAGAAAUCCCCGCACUGCCACUUUCUGAAAGUGGGCCAGUCUCUCCCAUCGAAGACUUGUCAAAGUCGCUGGCGGAGGCGCUCGAAAAGGUUUCAGAGUCGCGCUUUGAGGCAGAGAGCCGACCCGAGUCCCCUGUGGAGUUGGCAAAGUCUCCUGUCCAGACCUUUGAAGACGUUUCUCAACUCCCAGCUCUGCCUGACAGUCAGCCCGAAUCUCCGCUCGUGUUGGCAGAAUCGUCUGCUCGGACCGUCUUAGAUGCCUCACCAACUCUCCCCCCCUCUGAAAGCCGGUCUAUCUCCCCUGAUCCAAAGCCUGUAGAUUUUUCAGAUCUGCCAGCCUUACCUGAAAGUCUGCCUAUGUCUCCUGUUCUGGAACAUCUGCCAGUGCUCGGCAAUUCUCAGCCAGCCACGGAGGACCUUGUUGAUUCAAAUCCCGCCGUAGUGUCGAAGGAGACUCCAACUCUUCCCGAAAGCCGCCCUCCCUCGCCUCUCCACGACGUUGAGCUUCCCACUCUUUCAGAGAGUCGUCCUGAUUCGCCAAUCUUUGAUACAUUGCAGCAGCAAUCUUCUCCUGUUUUCACGCCUGCUGUCCCACGGGGACUAGAGUCUCUGCCAGCCCUGCCCGAGAGCGAGUUGAAUUCUCCAAUUUUUGAGCCUGUCCUCUCCCGGGGGCACGAGUCUUUGCCCGCUCUUCCUGAGAGUACGCCAAUUUCCCCUGUUGUUGAGCCGACCUUGGCUCAAGCGCCAGAAGUACUGCCAGCACUAUCCGAGAAUGCUCUUCCAGCCCCUUCAGACAGUCUACCGGCCUCUCCUCUGCUUGAGGUUCUCCCUAUUUCGGAACUCGACUCUCUACCAGCCUUACCGGAAAGCAAGCCGGGAUCCCCUAUUAUCGAGUCUGUUACUAGUCAUGAGCUAGCGUCUCUCACUGUUGAUUCUGGGGACACGUCAACUUCUCCUGCUCCUGAGCCCGUUCGUGCCACAGAACCAGAGAGCUUCUCCACGCUUUCUGAGACGGCAUCACCUUCCCCUAUUCAGCAUACCAUGGUUCGCCAGCUUCCUGAUGAGAUCCUCAACAAUCUACCAGCUCUUCCCGAGAGCCCGCUUGCUUCUCCGGUUGAACGGCCUGUAGAGCUCCAGAGCCUCGAGGCUUUGCCAUUCCCUGAAAGCCAGCCAGCCUCUGCCAUCCAAGUUUCUGCCUCCAGCAAACAUCACGAGUAUAACUUGGAUCAGUUGCCUGCUCUUCCCGAGUCUCGUCAGGAUUCACCUCUACUCGAGCCCGUUCUGUCUGAGCACCAGGAGAUUCUGCCUGCAGUUCCCUUGGGCGUGUCUUCAUCACCCGUUCAAGUCCCUGUGCCACGCCAGUUCCCUCAAGACGACACAGAUGAGCUACCGGCUCUUCCUGAUUCUCAACCUGUCUCACCUGCCCAUGCUCCCAUCUCACGUCAGUUCCCUGAUGAGUUUGCGGACAGUUUACCUGCUCUAUCUAAGACCCAGCCAACGUCAUCUGCUCAGGAUAGCCUCUCAAGCCAGAUUCAAGAGGCGCCUUUGGACACGCUGCCUGCUCUGCCGGAAAGCCAGCCAAUGUCUCCUGUUCAAGAUGUCUUCCCUGCUUUGCCUGGCAGCCGGUCUCCUUCGCCUUCUCAGCUGGCCCUGCCUAAGUUGGUCGAUGCGCGCGAUGAGCCUUUGGUCGACACGCCUGCCCUUCCCGUCAGACACUCAUUUUUUCCGAUCGAGGUUUCUGAACCUCGCCAACUUCCCAGCUUGGAUUUUGACAGCUUGCCCGCUCUGCCUGAAAGCCAGCCAACCACCCCUGUGGAGGAUUCUGGUUCAACUCAGCUUCAUGGCCAAGAUUUUAGCGACCUUCCAACUUUUCCCGAUAGUCUGCCUGUAUCGCCUGCUCAGACCUCUGCUCCUCAGCUACCAGCCCAAGAUCUGGACAACUUGCCGUCUCUUCCUGAAAGCCGACCAGGCAGUCCUACUGUCCGGUCCAUGCCCGCACCCGGUGAUGCUCGACCAUUGUCUCCUGUUCAAGCCCCUAUUGAACAGGUGUUCAAUGAAGGCGUUGAGACUCUGCCAGCCCUUCUGGAUAGUCGGCCCGUGUCCCCCCUCGAAACUACGGCUGAGGCCGCUGUGGAGAUCCCUGUGGAAGCUCCUGUCGAGGCUGCUGCUGAUGCGUUCUUUGAUGCUCUUGAGGCUCCUGAUGAAGUUGCUGAGCAUGAUCCUCCGGAGGAAGAUUUUAAGAACUUGCCAGCUCUUCCCGAAAGUCCGCCAACUUCCCCUGUUCCAGACCUUGCUUCGCCUCAACUGCCUCGCCAAGAAUCAGAUGACUUGUCAGCUCUUCCCGAAAGCCGAUCUGUGUCUCACAAUCAAGACCUUGAGGAUAUGCCAGUUCUCUCAGAAAGCCAGCCCAUGUCACCGACACAAGCUCCAGCUACACCUGAGUUGCCCAAAGAAGACUUGGAUCAGUUACCAGCUCUUCCUGACAGCCCCUUCUUGUCGUCCGCUGAGGCUGCACAAGUACAACUCGAUGCAGUCGAGGUAAACCUGGCCGAUCUGCCAGCUCUUCCUCAAAGUCGCGCUUCUUCACCUGUACACAAGCCUGUUCUGCCGCUUAUCGUCACGGACUUGGAGAAAGCAGAAACUGUACCGUCGCCCAGAUCAACUGGCAGGGAAAUCGCGGGGGUGCAAGAGCAAGACUUCGCGACACUUUCUCAAGUCACAGAUGGCAACGAUGCACAGAUUUAUGAGCCUCCGUCAUCUUAUUCCGAUGUCAAGACGCCACCGAGCCCCAUUACAAGGCGCGCACUUGAGAAGGAGAAGGAACUGGAUGAUUUCGACAAAGGCAAGUCGGUUUUUGUGGAUACUGCCGCUGCUGCCGGCCCUGCCAGCACUCUUGUUGUUGCCAACAUGCGCCAGAACGGUUCUCAGCCAGACAUCCAACGUCUGGGCUCUGAAAUGCAGAUUCCUCCCAGCCAAGAGAAGAGCGAGAGUGUCUAUUCGUUCAAUGAGGAUGGAACAUCUACCGUUGCUGCGUCUGAAGCACCUACUUACCUUUCUGGGUCAACUUUCUACGAAUCUCAGCUGUCUGAGCCGACCAAGAAGAAAGACUCUCCUCGCCAAACUUUCAGUUCGCUUCUUGGGCUCUGGAGCAAGCGUGAAAAAACCCAGCCAGAACCGCCUGCUGUUUCCAAGGUCGUGGCUAAGGUGGUUCCUGCUACAACGCCUGAGGAGGAAAUGUCUGAGGAUGGUUUGGUUCCCAGUCCGACAAAGAAAGACAAGAAGAAGAAGAAACAGAGGAAGGGUGAAAAGGAGGGGAGUGAGAGUGGGAGUGGAUCUCAGCAAGAGCAACAGAGAGGCGAAUCGUCCGGCGGUCUCAACAUUCUUUCGAGCAACCAGUCGACCAACGACCAGCCCGCAUCGUCCAUAGUCAAUAAACCUGUUGUUUCUCGCUACCUGCCGGACGACGAACCGUCGCCUUCUCCUGACCAACAACAUGAUGAACCGAGCCAUGACGCUGAUGUUGCUCCUGAAACCGAGGAAUUCCCGGUUCCUGACGAAAUACUCCCUGCUGAAGAAGUCCCUGCUACCGAGGAACCACCCACUCCCGGCAAAAAGUCCAAGAAGAAAAAGAAGAAGGCUAAGAAGGCUGCAGCCGAAGCUGCAGAUGUGGCUGAAGAGGAGGCUGCUCCCGAGGCUCCACCGCCAGAACAGGACAUUGCGGCUGAGAACGUGGCUUCAGCAGAAACGCAAGCUCCGAGCAGCGGUGAGCUUGAUGAUUCUGCAAAGGAUCAGGGCCCUGGUCCUCAGCCUCCGGUCAGAGAUGAUGUGGAUGAUGUUGAACCUGCCGAGAAAGAGGAGCAUAUUGCAGCUGCACCGUCAAGGUCAGGUUCAAUCUCAAGCCCUACCACGCCAACUUUGACCAGAGAUAUCACGAAGAAGGGCAUUCUGUCUAUGCUGCCGGCUGUUUCCCCCUUUCGUCCCGGAUUUUGGGGCAUCAAGAAGCAGGAACCGGCCACGCAGACAAUUCUUGAAGAAGGCCCUGAACUCCAAAGUCAGCAAACAGAACAGGGGCUGGGUUUAGGCGAGUCUAGCGACCGUUCCAUUGAAGUGGGGCCUGCAGAAGACGUGCAUAAGCCUGAAGCCAAGGAGGAAUUAGGGUUGAAUAUAGCUAGCCUUGCGCUAGACACCGCUGUUUCUCUUGUUGAGAGCCCUAUCCUGGUCCAAGACGAGGCAAAAAUUGAGCAUGAGGCAACAAAAGAGUUGUCAAAUGAGAGAGAAGAACUGGUCAAGGCUGAGGUUGUCGAUGUUGAUGUUGAUGAUAAGGAAGAGAGCAAGGACACCGUGCGGAAUGACGAAAAGGAAAGCACGUCGCGUGUUGUUGAUGAACCAGUCGUUGCCCACGAGCCAGUCCAGGAUGUCUUAGUACCGGAGAUCACAGCAGCAGCGUCUGAAGAUGUUGUUCAGGAGGAGGCUGUUGAUGAGCCUUUGCCCAUUACGGCUUCUGAGAAUGUGGAGGUGGUUGAGCCUGCGGCAAAGAAGAACAAAAAGAAGAAGAAAAAGAAGAAGGCCGCCGCUACAGCUACUGAGAACCUGGAGACAUCUAACGCCACUAAUGCUACUGAACAGUCAGUCUCGGAACUGGUCCCAGAGCCAUCUGCCUCUUCAGGCCAAGUAGAGGAGGCCCUCACCGAGACUGCUCCUGCUGAGGAAGUUGCCCUCGCCGAAGAUAUCGCCGUUCUUUCCGAAGUGACCCCUACUGCUGAGGCAGUACCUCCCAAGGAGACUGCCGCUGCCUCUGAAGCUGCCUCGGCCCAAGUCAAAGAGAUUCCCGCGUCUACAACAACCAGCAGUAAGAAGUCCAAAAAGAAAAAGAAGAAAAAGAACGCUUCCCAAUCGACUGAAAAUCUAACUACAGUCCCCAUUGUCGAAGAGCCACCCGUCCCGGAUACCACUGUUCAGCACCCGUCCACGGACCCGGAGCCCGAGACCAAGCAAAUCCCUGAGGAUGCUGCCGCCAUUUCGAUUUCUGCGGACGACGAGCUGCAAAAGGACGCAGACGAUUCUCUCAUAGACAAACAGGAGCCCAAGAGCAUGGAGCAGCCCCUCGAGGAGCACAAUAUUCCCGGACAGGUCAGUCGAGACUCAAGCGAGCAACCCAACAUUAGCCAUGGCAGCGACAGUACAACACCAAGAGGUGAGGACGACAAUAAACCACACCAGACCGAGGCCCAUCCCGUUUCUGAGGUUUUUUCAUCAUCGUUUUCACCAGCACAGUUGCCAGAAAAGAGCGUCCAGAACAACCAGGAGACGGUGGAAUCUGCACUCAAUGAGAUCUCCAGCGAUCGACAAGAUGGUGUUCCUGUUACUAUUCCCCAUGAUUUACUACUACCUGACAAUAAUGAUGCUGCUGUACAAGACGUCUCCAAGGAAGAACCAGGCUUUGACACGAUUUCUUUGCAACAGGAACAGGACCUCCCCACCGCGCCACCGUUGACGACCGAAGCCACUCCGGAGCUGGAGCCGGUCAUUAAGGAGGAGACUGACACUGGUGAUGGCCUCGCCGAGACAAAGUCAACACAUGACGUCAAGUCCGGCAUCGUCGAACGAGGUUUCACCGCCCCGCUCGUGGCUGCAGACAGUACCAUUGAGGCCUUGACAGGUGGUGCAUCUGGAAGGACUGCCGUUACCCAGUCAGAACCAAUCGCUAUUGAGGAGGCUGCAGCACUUGUACCGCUGCCGGAAGAGGUUGAAUCUGAUUUUCCCACUGAUACUACAAGGGCAGAAGAGGAGAAGACACCGCCAAUUGAUGAAAACAAGGCCGCCUCAUCCGUCGCCCAAGGCGAGGUUCAACAAUGGCCUGAAGAAGGUCGGGCUGAAACACCUGCAGUACCUGCAGCAACUCCCCUGCAAGAACAACAACAAUUGGGUGACAUCGCAGUACCUCCCCCACAACAACCGCAUUUGCAGCAACAAGAGAACUCGUUUCAGGCACUACAGCCAAUCCCAACAGCGGCUUCCCCCAUUGACGCUACACAACUGCAUGAAUUGAGGCUCGCCUCUUCCCCAAUCGGUGCCAGGCCUCGCUCGGUCAGCUUCGCCCUGGAAGCGAUCAGCCCUGGCGCCUAUACCCCCACGAGCAGCGGUGCCAUGUCUCCUGUAACGGAGCACGAGUCGGAGGAUGCAUCUGGUCCUUCGUCACGUUACACUCUCCGGAGCAAGAAGAGAGAGAAGCGGAAGAAGUCUACUGCCCUGAAAGCUGUUGCUAGCCCUACGGAUGAGGAACAUGGAUGGCUCAAAACAAACAAGCCAGCCUCGUUGGGGUUGGUUGACUCUCCUAAGCAACAGGCGUCUCCUUCCCAGGAGAGCUUUGAUCAUCAGCUUGGCACGGUAGCGGAGGAGACUACUUCUGCUAUUGAAAAUGAUGCUGAUAGCAUUAGUGAUGCAAGGUCGGUGCUGUCGUUGGCUUUGGGGAAGAGGGCGGAGACGCCAUCGGAGUUUGGGGGAAGUAUGGCUGAUUCGGAGGGGACUGUUGGUGAGAAAAAUGAGGAAGCUGGGCCUUCAGUGAUGAAUGGACUUUUGCUUGCGACAAGGUUGAAGAGGGUGGCGGGACGGUUCAGGGAGAGGAGGGAGAAGGCGGCAGCGAAGAAGAAGAGCGGGAUUGCUUGGCCUAGCAGUGAGCAGGAGGAGAAGCAGAAUGUGGAAGAGGAGGUUGGGAAGGAAGAUGAAGUGAUGGUUGAGGUAGCUGCACCUGACAGUCGAUCUUGGGAAGUAAAGGAAAAUGUUAAAGAACAAGCAGUUGCGACUGAUGCCCCUUACCAGCAGGCAGAGCAGACUACUCAGGAAAAGGGAGUUGCUUUUGGAACCCCUCUAUUUCAGCUCACGGAGCAGCUUGCGCAAAAACAAGCUUCGGAACAACAGGAGGCAGUGGAGCAGGAAACGACCACUGCUGUUGUUCCUAGGGACCUCUCGCCCAUUCCUGAGGAGAGCGCUUCUGAGCCUGAGACUGUCGCUGCUGAGGAGUCUGCUGUUCAAGACUCGACUCCUGUGGAAGAUACCACCCAUACUGCCGAGUUUACAACUGCGGAGGAGGUUUCUGCUCUCCCGGAGCAAGUUUCAAACGGGGAGUCCGCUGUCGAGCCUACAAAGACAAGGGAGCUCGAGGUUGCUCCCGAGCAAAUACUUCCCAUCGCAGAGCCUGUCAGCGCUUCAGACGAGGCUGCGGUUGAGCAGUCCCCUCUUGUUUUGGGGGCUAUUCAAGAGGGGCAAAUCGAGGAAGAGGAGUCUGUGGUUGCUCUUGAGCCAACUGCUGAGCCUGUUGCCGAAGAGGCCCAGGUUGAGGUUGUUGAAGAGAUUGCUCCGGUCGACAAAGCUCCUGCCGAAGAACCCGCUGUGGCCGAGGCUGAACACCGCUCAACGGAAGAUCCCGCCACUGCUAUUACUGAGCCUUUGCUCGAGACCGCUGUUGCUGCUCCAGAGAGUCUUGUUGAACCUGAAGUCCCUGUUCGGGUUGAACUGCCAGUUGCCGAUAUUGGAGAGCCAGCUCCCACUUUUGAAAAGCCAUCGACUGUUCCAGAGGAGAUCAUCGCUCCUUCGGUUGAAGGGGUCACUCCAGCUGUCGAAGUCAACAUUCCUGCGCUUGAACAGAGCAUCAUCAAGCUUGAUGACAGCACUCCUAAAACUCAGGGCCAAGAAUCAGUCGUUGGCCGCAAUAUCUCUUUGAAUGCAGAGCCACAGCUUGAGCCCGAGGUCGUUCCACUUACGCAAGAGGCGGAGUUGUCAAUAAGUGAGCCUGAGCUCACUCCUGCCAUCCAGAUCGCUCCCGAAGCCCAGCUAGAACCCGCCAGCGCCGAGGUUGUGGAAGAUGUCCCAGAGCAAUCUCCCGCCGCUAUCAAACUCGAAGCUGAAGUCGGCUCUGCCGUUACCGAACAUGAGCAACUCCAACACCGUACAGAUGAGCUGACGGAGGCGAUGUCAAUUCCGUUGCCAGUAGAGGUCGAGGACAAUUCAGAUCUUGUUCCAGUUGCUGAGCCUGAGCAACGACAACCUGAGUUCGAUGAAUUUGCGGAGGCUAUCUCAAUCCCAUUGCCAGAAGACCCCGAGUCAAUCUCUGAACCUACUCUAGUUGCUGAAGUUGAGCAACCGCGACUUCAACAAGAUGAAUCGGCGGAGACUUUGACAACUCCGUUGCCGGAUGAGGCUGAAGAGAUCUUUGAUCUUAUUCCAGUUGCUGAAAUCGAGCAAGCGCAAGUUCGACUGGAUAUAUGGGCGGAGGCUUUGACUGUUCCACUGCCUGAAGACUCCGAGUCAAAGGUUGAGGUUGAGGCUGAUACUCCCCCAGUGAUGGCUUCUGAUGACGUUCGGGCUGUUGCUGUCGUUGAGAAGACUGCCCCGGUCGCGGUUGAAGAGCUAAUCCCCACUGUCGAUGAGUCAGCUCCUGUUGUUGAAGAGCCAAUUUUUAUCAGCGAGUCUGAGCAAGCUGUUGAUGUCACGCCCACUCCUGCUGAAACGUCUGUUGAGGAAAAAUCUCCCCUGCCGGAGAAGUCUGUCUCGGUCGCUGAAGACAUUGCGCCCGCUUCGGAAGAGCCAAUCAAUCUUCUUACUGCCGAUGAAGAGUCUGCUCCAAAGCCAGACUUUGAUAGGGAGCUCGCCUUCGCCGCUGAGAUUGCUCUUCCAGAGGCCACAGCUGACGAGAUCGAACUGCCUGCUACACCACCCGGACAACUCUUAGUCGACCAGGAUCUCGUUUGGGCAACUGAGACCCCUCUGCCAGAAGACACAGCUGAUGAAGUCGAACUGCCUGCUAUCCCCGUAGAAGAGCUCUGGGGGGGUCAAGGUUUCGCUUUGGCAGCGGCAACCCCUCUUUCAGAUGUCACCGAGGAUGAACUGGACCUGGUGCCUACACCAACUAAAGAGUGCUCUGUGAAUCAGGAUCUCGCUUUAACAACUGAAACUCCCUUUCCAGAAGUCACAGAGGAUGAACUCGAACCAGUUUCUGUGCCAGCAGUUGACUCAGUCCCAGUGCACGAAGAGAUUUAUACUUCGCGCGAGGUUCUUGCACCAGAGACUGAGGAGAUCGCUCUUCCUACUGUUGAAGAGCUGAUCACCACUGUUGUCGAAGAGGCUGCUCCUGCUACUAUCGAGGAGUCAGUGACAGUCUUGGCUGAAGAGUCUCGGUCUGAGGUUCAACCUGUGGCCACUGUCGAGACAGUUGAAGGGCCUUUGGAAGUUUCUGAGAUGCCCGUCGUUGAGGAGCCGGUCGUUCAAGGGCUUGUCCUUGAGAAGGUUAUCGUCGAAGAGGUUGUUGAGGAAGGACCUGCAGCUAUUGAGAAGCCUGUUGCUAUGGCUGAAGAGUCUGCGGCUACCGUUGAUGAGCCUGCUGUUGUCGUCAAAGAGAUGCCAGUCCCUGAGGAGGCUGUCGCUACUGUCGAAGAACCCAAAGUUAACAUCCAGGAACCCGCCAUUGCCGAAGAACCCGCCGUUUCCAGAGAAGUUCCGGAUUCUGAACAGGUUUUGAUCCCCGAAGCCACCAAAAUUGACGAAGAGGUUCUCGUUCCCGAGGAAGAAGUCCUGGUGGAAUCGCCAAGUCUCCCUGUCGUCGAGACAGCUCCUGAGGAACCUGCUUCAACUCCAGCCCCUGUGAUCGAAGAGACAUUCGAGUUGCCAGCCAAGAAGAAGAAGGGUAAGAAGAAGAAGAAGAAAGCCGCAGAGAAUGAAGCUGAGAUUCUAGCUGUUGCAUCUUCAGCUAGCAUCGAGGAGUCGACGCUAACAAUACCGGAUCUGACUGCCGAGCCAACAAUUGAGGAGCCGACAAUCGAGGAGCCGACAAUCGAGGAGCCGACAAUCGAGGAAACCAUGAUCGAAGAAUCAACACCCGAAGAACCGACAAUCGAGGGGCCCUCUGUUACAACGCAUGAGUCUGUUGAGCCCGUCAUUGCCACUCCAGCGGUCGAAGAGGCCAUCGUUCUAGCAUCUCAACAGUCUACGGCACGCCGACUACCAUUACUCGAAUAUGUCCCUGAGCCUAUCGAGCCAUCAGUUCCAGCAAUCCAAGAGGUAACGAAGCCAUCCAAAAAGUCCAGGAAGAAGAAAAAGAAGGGUUCCAAAGCCGGUAGUUCCGAGCCUACUUCUACCAUUGCAACGCCUUCCCAGGAAUUCAGCAAUCCUCUUGAGACCACAGUCGAAGAGCCCUUUCUUAUGCCCAAGUCACAGUAUGAACCCACCGAACCAAUGACUGUCAAUGAGCCAAAGUCUUUUUUAUCGGAGGCAACGGCCGUAGCGCUUCCGGAGUCCGACACAGAGGAUGAGCUAAUCCCCGCUCCUGAGCCAGAGAUCACCAAGCCUUCUCCAGUGAUCGACGAGUUCGAUGCUUCUGACGCUGCUCUGUCGGAGCUUCCGAAGGCUCUCGAUGUCGAAGGUGAGCCUGCGACCUUGACAGCCCAGCAACCCAAGGCUUUCGAGGCAGUUGGUAUUCCCGAGGAGACCACGCCCAUUGUUAAAGAACCAGCCUCAGAAGCACUUGUUCCAGAGCCAUCAACAGACAAGCAUUCAGUGGGCGCUGUUGAAAUUGAGCCUGCGCAAGAGGUGAUUCGACAACAAUCCAAAGCUGAACAACUCCCUGUUGCUGCUUCGCAGCCCGAGGUGAUUGACGGGCCAGUUUUGGAGAAGCAAACCAUUGAGGCAAACACUCUUGUUGUCGACCCCGUUCAAGAGCCGAGUCGAGAUCGCUCUUUGGAAAUUUCAAACAACACUCCUUCUUCACCCACACUCAACCUGGAAGUUGAGAUGCAGACGGAAACUUUGCCUGGCGUUGAACCACCUACCGUCGCCGCUUCUCCGGCCGAGUCUAUCGAGCUGGUUUCGCUUGUCCCUGAGGAGCUUGUUCAAGAGCCCGGUCAAGACCAUAUUUUGGACAUUUCCCAGACUUCUGAAAUCGAGAAUGCCCCCCUUGCUGUUCCUCAACCUGAUACUACUGAGGAGCAAGCCAGUCCUGUCGUCGAAGAGAUCGUCAAUUUGCCAACUCAGCUUGGGGUUGCGAUAUCUUCUCGCAGCAUUCCACAGACCGAGCAAGAGGUCGAGGUUCCUGCCGUGGCUGAACCUACUCUUAUCGAGGAUCCUCUUGAGACAUCUGACAAGGCCGAGAUCGCCCCUUCCAUCGACUCUCCCGUCUCGAUUGAGGAGCAGUCUAUUCCGCCUGAGACAACUGAGUGCAGCGUUGCUCUUUCAGAAGAACCGAUCACCGAAUUCAGGCAAAUUUCAGCCGAGCAGCAAGAUGAAGUCUUCGUGCUCCCUGUCGUCGAGUCCAAGAAGCAAAAGAGAAAGAAGAAUAAGAAGAAGGGCAAGAAAAUCGAGGUUGAGAAUCAGCCUGAGUCUUCUUCUGAGGUCACGCCUGCUCCUGGGCCCUCUUCUGGGACUACACUGGAGCCUGCUCUAGAGCCUACUUCUGAUCUUGUCAUUGCUCCAGCUGCGGAGUCCACCCCUGAGAUUUCUGUCCAGCUUGUCAAGGACCCUUUCGACGACCCUGUCCAAGAGCCUACCACAGCCCUCGAGGUCGCUCCUGUCCACUCGACUAGAGAAGCUGAAGUCGCUGAAAGGCCAAUCGAUCGCCAGCUUCCUGUUGAAGAGCCACUUAUUCAGCAACCCGAGUCUAAAGUUAGAGACUUUGCUGACGAAGAAUUCUUCCCCUUGCCAACAAAAAAGUCAAAGAAGAACAAGAAGGGAAAGAAUGUCCCCGCGGUGAUCGACGAUCAUGACGGCGGCUCUGGUGUCACUACGCCGCUGAUCAUCGAGGAGCAGAAGCAUGCACUUUUUGCUGCUCCUGAAGCUCACACUCCUCUAGUUGAAAAGGCGUCAAAUGGUUCUCCAGAUGAGGCAAUUCUUGUGGAGGAACGCGGCUCUGCGGUUGGUGAUGCUUCGAUUGAGGAAUCUCCGGUUCCUGAAGAGACGCCAGUCACCGAGACACCUACCGUGGAAGUUUCGGUUGUUGAGACUUCUGACGAGGAGACACCCUCUGUCGAAGACGCUCCAAUCGUUGAAGUUGAAAUUCUAGACGCCGAGACGGCUCCUGUGGUGGAGGUGGACGUUGUCGAGGAGACUCCCACUGUGGAGCAGGAGCCUGUGUAUACAGAGGUUCAAGAGCCUAUUGUUAUCAACAUGGAGGAAGAGCCCAUCACCAUCGCUUUGCCCAAGCCUAUCAGCAGACAACAGACACCCGACAUGCUCACUCGCGAGGCUGAGGUGACGCCUCUUCCUCCCAGCAGACCACAGACUCCCGUUCUUGAGAAGGUGGCUGUUCCUUUGCCCUCAACUCCCGCCAGCCAACAACAGGCUGGCAAUCAUACCGUUGUAACUCCUGCGCCUGUCACUAGAGACUUGGGCUUGCUUCCUGAGAUCUCUUUACUUCCGCCAAUUAGCCUUGAGAGAACACCCCCGUGGAGUGUCAAAGAGCAAGUCGACCUCACUCCCGCUCAAGAAAGCAGCCACAUUUCGCAUGAUCCACCGUUCGAGUACGAAGGACGGCGCAAAAAGAUCAAGACUGUGGAGGCAGAGCAAGUUGAACUUGAUGAGCCUGCUGUGCCCGCCGGUGCUGAGGUUGAUGAGAGCUCUAACAAGGGGAAGAACAAGGAGGAGGCUGUUGUUGCGGCGAGCGCACUUGCAGGUGGCGUUUCGUUGUUCGACAAGUUAAAGGAGAAGGAGAAAGAGGAGUGGAGAGUGAUGGGGGAUGCAAAUAUCAGUGUGUUGACUUCAGGUUGGGACGAUAUGGGGUCUGUGCUGGGUGGUGCACCGGUUUAUGAGGAGUAUGACGAGAAGGGAAAGAAAGCGGUUGGGAGCUUGUACGAUGAGGAAGAUGAAGAUAAAGUUGAAAAGAAGGCAAGGAGAUCAUGGAAGAUUGAGGCUGGACUGGGGAGGAUGGAUUCAGAGACGAUUCCCAGGUCAGUCAGGGAGUUGUCCAAGGCGAAGACAGAGGAUACAUCAGAGAGGGGGAGGAAGAUGGAGCGUGGGAAGAGCUCGCCGUCGCCAGAGCCUGUGCAGCGGUCGUUCUCUUUCCCGGAUGAUAUUGCUGAUGAGGAGGCAUUCGAGACACGCGAUACCACGGGUGAUGAGAAGAAGGAGCAUGUCCGGGAGAUGGUUCCUGUGGCAGACCAGCCUGUCCGGCUUCCACGCAUGUCUAGCUUUGGGGACUUUAUGCGAUCUCAUGCUAGUCUGCCGCCGGUUCAAGAGGAGCUCUCGGAGGAGGAUGAGCCCAAGAAGCAAAAGACGCCUGUCCGGCUCAACACACCGGCACAUCAUGCUUUACGAGACAGCGGUCUUGGAGGAGAGUCUCCCCGUGUUUCUCGAGGUCUCCAGCCUGGUGAGACGGAGCAUCUCCGUGACAGCGGUGUUCACCUCACACCACGCAACAGCACCGAGGUGGAACGUCAACAAAAGAGACGUUCACCACUGGGCGGAAGUGUUCGCCUGUUGGAGCCUUCACCGCCCCCUCACACGCCUGAGCCAGAAAAAUCAGCGGUUGCAUCGGCUGUUCCCAGCAGCAGUAGCGCCAAGCGGAUUGGGCCCAACACCAGCAUUCAACGCCUCCGCACGCCUGAGCCGUUGCGGCCUGACAGCCCAGGCAGUGCCGGGAGCAUCCGGUCGCACAACACUGCAACCCCCCCGCUCCGACGAAUGGACAAGCGAACCAGUGGGAACUUGCGGUCAGGCACGUCUAGCCAAACAGAGCUAGCCGCCAAGGCCCGCGAGCAGGGACACGGCCAAAAUUCAUCCUCAACCGACCUUUCCCCAGCCAUCGCUAUCACUGGAGCUGCCGCACUGGGAGCCCUGGCCGCUGCUACCACCACCACUACCACCUCAACAGGCUCAUCGUCCACAUCUCCGCCCAUUGCGAAUGAAGGUCGCACCCGUGCCGCCAAGGACAUGUCUGAUGUCUUUGAGGCUUAUGGAGAGGGCCGAAUUGGCUCUCCACGCUCACCGACCCGUCCGCACAGCAUGCGUCGCCGCCAAAGCUUGCAAGUAAUUGAGCUCGAGGCCCGCGUCGAACAGCUUAUACAUGAAAACCAGCAGCUGGCAAACAGCCGCGCCCAAGCCGAAUCCCAGCUGGCCCGCGGGAGCCUCUCCUCCGACAGUGACCGCGAAUAUGAAAUCGAGCAGCUCAAGCGCGCCCUCAACGAAGCCAAUGGCGUUAUCGAGCGAUUAAAACAAACCAAUGAGGGCCUGCGCAACUCUACCUCUGCCAUCGCCGUCCAGCACCACGAGGAGGUUCGUCGCUACGAAGCCCAACAAGCUCAGGCCGCCAAAGAACUUCAGAAACAAGCGCGAUCUGCCAAGGAAAAAGAUGCCGAGAUCGCCCAUCUCCGCACCCAACUAGAGGCCUCGACCGAGGAAAUCAAGAGGCUCCAGCAGCAGAUUCUCGAGCAGAGCAGAGCCAGCGUCGACUCUGACUUCCUCGACGUCCGUGACAUUGACUACUUUGACCAUCGCUGCCAGCAGUUGUGCGCCCACGUCUCGCAAUGGGUGCUCCGCUUCUCCAAGUUCAGCGACAUGCGCGCAUGUCGCUUGACGAAUGAACUCAGCGAUGAGAAGCUGAUUGACCGUCUCGACAAUGCCGUCCUUGACGGCUCCAAUGUCGACACUUACCUCAAUGACCGCGUCCGCCGUCGUGACAUUUUCAUGAGCAUGACCAUGACCAUGAUCUGGGAAUUUGUCUUCACGCGGUAUCUCUUCGGCAUGGACCGUGAGCAACGCCAAAAGCUCAAGCACCUUGAGAAGCAGCUCAUCGAUGUCGGACCUCCCCACGCUGUCCGACAGUGGCGUGCCGUGACAUUAACGCUCUUGUCACGCCGUCCAGGUUUCAAGAGGCAGCGGGAUCAGGACACAGAGGCGGUUGUCCAAGCCAUCUUGGACACUCUCGCCAAAAUACUCCCUCCCCCUUCCAACCUGGAGGACCAAAUCCAAGCCCAACUUCGCCGGGUAGUCCGUGAGGCGGUCGGGCUAGCAAUAGAGAUGCGCUGCCAAAGAGCAGAAUACAUCAUGCUCCCUCCUCUCCAGCCCGAGUACGACGACGCCGGCGAACUCGUCGAAGACGUCAAGUUCAACGCCGCCCUCAUGAACGACGGGGGACAGUCCAAUCUCACCAAUGAGGAGCUCGAAUCGACGGCUGCCACCGUCCGGGUGGUGCUGUUCCCGUUGGUGCUGAGAAAGGGGGAUGACGAAGGGAGGGGGGAUGACGAGAUUGUUGUUACACCUGCGCAGGUUCUGGUUGCGAGGUCGGCGUAUGCCUCGCCUGCCACGCCUACGCAGAGCAUAAGGGGGAAGAAUGUGAGGUUGUUGACUCCGAUUAGUGAUGCUGGUGGGGGGGCGAGCGUUGGGGGACGGAGCCCGAAGCAGGAGAGGGGGGUUAUGGGGCCGCCGCCGCAGCCGGGGUUGAGGGGGCAGGGGAGUGAUGUUAGUAUGGGGGAUCAUGGGGGGUAUAUUUAG